CCCGCCGGGCCGCCCUCUCACCGCGUUCCCCCCCGCCCCGUCCCCGGCUCGCUCUGCGUCCCCCCUCGCCUCUCCCCGCGCCGGGCGAUGCCGCUGCGGGGCUCCCGGGCCGCGGGGCCGUGGGGGCGGCUGCCGCCGUUGCUUCUGGUGGCGCUGGCGGCCUGCGCCGCGCGGGCGUCCGAGAUCACCUUCGAGCUGCCCGACAACGCCAAGCAGUGCUUCUACGAGGAGAUCGCCCAGGGCACCAAGUGCACCCUCGAGUUCCAGGUGAUCACUGGAGGUCAUUAUGAUGUUGACUGUCGGUUGGAAGAUCCCGAUGGCAUUGUAUUGUACAAGGAGAUGAAGAAACAAUAUGAUAGCUUCACGUUUACUGCGUCCAGAAACGGAACAUACAAAUUCUGCUUCAGCAACGAAUUCUCUACUUUCACACACAAAACUGUGUACUUUGAUUUCCAGGUUGGAGAAGAUCCACCACUGUUUCCUAGUGAGAACAGAGUAACUGCACUUACCCAGAUGGAGUCUGCGUGUGUUUCAAUUCAUGAAGCUUUGAAGUCUGUCAUCGAUUAUCAGACUCACUUCCGCUUGAGGGAAGCGCAGGGCCGCAGCAGAGCCGAGGAUUUAAACACGAGGGUGGCCUACUGGUCAAUAGGCGAAGCAAUCAUUCUUCUUGUUGUUAGUAUCGGGCAGGUAUUUCUCCUCAAAAGCUUCUUCUCAGAUAAAAGAACCACAACAACCCGUGUUGGAUCGUAACUGGUAGUGGUAAUGCUUCAGGUCAUUGUGUGCUACUCAUCUGUAAAAAUUAACCGUUCUCCAAUUAAUUGUAGGUACAAAGGAUCUGAAUAUAUGCAACAUUCAAAUGAGUCUGCCCCUCAUCCCUUAAAAAUCACAAAACGGACCCAAAAAGUUAUGAAAGGGACACAUGAUUUGAAAUACUUUAAAAAUACUUUGGAACUUAAGUGUUUUCUGAUUCCUGUAUUAAAUAUCUGGCAGUGACCAGCCUCUCUUUAUUUCCAUUGAUUUUAGUCCAAACUGAGUUUGAUUUUUACCAGUAAGAUUAGCCAUCUGCAGUAUAACACUUUAAAAUAACCCAACAGUCUAGUGUCUGAUAUGAGAGACAAUAUAUAUGAAAACUUGAUUUGAUUUUAAUUUUCAGGCUGAAUGUAUUGGAUUAUAAAAAAGCAAAUGUGAUGAACUGUAGUGCACUGUUUUGAUUUGCUGUUAAAAAAAAUAAUCCAAUGGUACCCCUUGCUCAUUUGUAAAAUUAUUGCAAGCUUGACACUACAUCAUGGUGCAAAUUCUCCAUCAGCCUGGUAAGUCUUCAUCUUCAAAACUUGCUAAAUUUUAUACUUGAGUAUGUUUGCUUAGACAUAUAUUCUUCUAUACUAAAAUAAAUGCAUUUCCUCUUUUACAAUAUUUGUUUCACUGAACAAAUUGUAAGCUGAGACUACUCAGGAAAUCCACUUUCUGUAUUCAAAAAUCCAAAUCUCCAAGUUUAUUUAAAAAACAUGCAAUAAAAUAGGGAAUCUUGGAACUUUGUCACUGAAACUGUACGGUUUCUGUACUCUCACGCUGCUGCUGCUUUUUGGAUUUAAGACCAGAAGUAGCUUGGUUUGUUAAGCAGCACAGCACCAGCACUGGAUGAGGUUAUAUUAUGUGUUAGGCACAUACAAAACUUUUUACUAAAUUGUUUUCCUUUUAAGAGGCCAAUUUGAUAUUGAUACUGCAUUGCACAAGUGCUGUGAAUUUUACUCUCCUGUGUGUGGUGCACUGAUACGUGAUGGCCUUGUGCAUCUAAUUGGCACUCCUUUUUUGCUAGUGGUCAGAAAAUGUUUUAAAUAUUUCAGGUUAUCUUUUUGGUAGAGUUAUACUGUUUCCACUGCUCAUGUCUUUAGUAGCUUAUGUACUGUAAAGUCUUGUUUUAUUUGGAUGUUGAAGGUAGUAAAUGUGUGUACAUACAAGUAGCUUGAAUUGAGCUGGUCAUAAUAAGGCUAAACUCCUUCAAAUGGCUCUGGAGAAAUAAGUAGACUGACCAAUUCUUAAGUGCACACAAACUAAACUAAGGUGAAAAAAAUUGUCAUAUAUUACUGGCUAAUUGAAAACAUGCUUCUUAAGUUCUCAGCAAGCAGAGAAAGAAUGCUAAACCCUUAUUAAUUGCCUGUAUUAUUUCUAGCAAAAAUUUGAAAUUACAUGUACAGGUGACACUCGAGCAAUCUGAAGAAUUGAUCUAAGAUGACUUGGUUUUAAAAUCUUGUGAUGGCUGAAAAAAAUAAACAGAAGUGCACCUACUCUCUGUUGUGAACUGAACGACUGCUCUUUUGGAAACUGAAGAAAAAGCUCAAACAGCUCAAAUUAUUUAAAAGGUCACAGGGGUAUUAAAAAGCUUAAUGUUAUGUAAAAUUCAGGAUUAUAUGUAAUGUUUUUCUAUCCUGUACUGAAUUUUAAAUACUGCAGUCCCAUUUUGGGAUGCAAGCUUCCCAGAAAUAGUUAGACUCACAAAGAUCAGAAAACAAAAAAAAUAGUGCUUUCUUCUUAUGAUACAAAUCUGUGCCUGCACACAAUAUUCUUGAUUGUACCUAUAUGCUUUAUUCUUGUGUUUCAGCAACUGAUGUUGAGUACUUUUUGUGCUGCAUUGCACACAGUAAUGAAGCAAGUGGUACACUUUGGGUGCAAGUGUCAGAUGAAAACAUGAUUUAAUUUUGAGUGUCCACUCUUAUCUUCUGGAGUUUGAGUAUCACUUGUGUAGCUUUAAUCACAACAAAAGCAUUUAUUUUAAAGAUUGACAUGUGUUGGGUUUUUUUCCACUGAGUUGUUCUGUGUGCUGCCAAAAUUGAUAAACAGUGGGGUAAAACAGAUAAUGGUCGGCCAUCACGUACAUGUCUCUUUAUUCUUUCAUAAUGUUUGAAUGUGUGAAGUGGGACUGUUCAGCUCAAUAUUACUCCCACUGCAGAGGUUUAGUGGACUUGACUUUUGCAUUGAAGUUAGGUAUCCGAACCAGUCCUCUGGUAUCCUGCUGCAUAAUAUGCAGCAAUAGCUUAAAAAUGCCUUUAUUUUUGUGUUAUUAAAAACAUGGCACAAAUACACAUGUUUAAACAUAGCUGUAUAUAGUUUUUAAAAUAAGUGACUGAAUAGGAUAUAAUAAAACACAUGCUAACACGCAGUGGGUGAAGAAAUGCAUUGUGACUUUUGGUUAAAGCUGGAUCUUUUUAAUAUACGAAAAGAAUAGUUUGGUUAAUGGUGUGAUGCACAAGUAAACACCCUGCGUUAAAGGGGAUAUAACUGUGUUUUUAAUUGCUAAAGGCCCUGAGUUUCAGCUAUUCCUUGGAUGUUUUAUGUUUACAGAACUUCUUUUCAUGUCCUGAAAUGUCAGUUCUUGUUUUAGUUUGGGGGAAAAAAAGGUUUAGUUUGAAUAAGACAAAAAGCAGACCCUGUGAAUAUUGUAUGGGAAAAUAAAAAUUAAUAUAUGAUUGUG